GUUUAAUAGGAUCUUGCUCGUGUAGCAUUCCCAAAUUCCAAAUAGAUUUAACUGCCAUUAAUGUAUGUAUCUAUUUUUAACUUAUCUCAGGUGAGCUGAGGAAACUAGAAUCUGCAACAAUGGGGUGGUGUAAGCAUUGUGCAAAAAAUAGACAAAUGGAGCGUGAUCCUAUUAAUGGAUUCUUAUGUUGUUCUAGUUGCGGAAGGGUUAUUGAUCAGGAUGUAUUCUCUACUGAAGUCACCUUUAUAAAAGGUGCUGGAGGGCAGAGCCAAAUGUCGGGUAAUUUUGUGAGGACUGUGCAAGGCGAGCACUCUGAGUCACAUGAAAGGACUUUGAAUAAAGGAAGGGAUGAAAUCAGUGACAUGGUCGUAAGUCUAGGUAUUGGUGGUGGAAAUUCAAUAAUUGAUCCAGCUUUUGCUUUCUAUAAAAUAGCGGUUGAGAGGAAUUUUACUAGGGGACGUAGAACAUCACAGGUUGCAGCUGCUUGCCUUUACAUUGCCUGCCGGGAAAAUAAGAAGGCUUAUCUCCUCAUUGAUUUUUCCGACUACCUGCAAAUCAAUGUUUAUGUGCUAGGUGCUGUCUUUUUGCAGCUUUGCAAACUGCUGAGGCUUGAAGAACAUCCAAUUGUUCAAAAACCUGUUGAUCCCAGUCUUUUCAUUCAUCGCUUCACAGAGCGUUUACUGGGAGGAAAGAAUAUUGAGGUUUCUAGGGCUGCAUUGCGCAUUAUAGCUAGCAUGAAGCGAGAUUGGAUGCAGACAGGUAGAAAACCUAGUGGUUUAUGUGGAGCGGCAUUAUACAUAUCUGCACUUUCACAUGGUCUCAGAUAUUCAAAGUCAGAUGUUGUAAGUGUUGUACAUAUAUGUGAAGCAACAUUGACGAAACGACUGAUUGAAUUUGAGAAUACGGCAUCGGGGGGCUUGACGAUUGAGGAAUUUAACAUGAAGGCGGAGGAGCUUGAAAACGAAUUACAUUCGAAACAGCAACUAAAUGUGGGGUCAAAAAUGUCGGAAAUGACAGAAUUGCUUUGUGAACACAAGGGUCGUGGAGAUGCUCAUUUUGCUCAUGGACUUUGCAAGCUUUGCUAUAAAGAUUUUGUUGAGCUUUCUGGAGGACUUCAGGGGGGAUCAGAACCACCAGCUUUUGAGCGUGCUGAAAGGGAAAGAAUGGCAAAAGCUUCUAUUGAGGGGGUUGAAGAAUCAAGUCCUGGUUCUACACAUUGCCAUAGGGAUAACGAACAGAAACAGUUUGAGAAAGAAGAGGAAUCUGUAAGAGAAAACCCUCCAGAUGUGAUCGAAAAUGACAGGAUGGAUUCCGAUGUCUUUGUUCAGGGGCUGCUGCUGAGCAUCAAUUUGUUUAUCAGGAUGGUUCCUGUCAGUCAAAGGGAAAUGAGGAUAUGGAUAAUGGAGCUGGUUGAUGGGUACCUUCACAAUGAGGAGGAGAAACAUUAUAAAAAGAUCAUAUGGGAAGAAAUGAACAGGGAAUAUCUUGAGGAACAAGCAGCCAAGGAAGCCGCAGCUGCUGCCGUUAAGGAAGCACAGGAGUCUGACUUACAGAAUUGUUCAGAAGACUUGCUCAAUGCACGGGAACUUGCUGCUGCCACUGCUGCAGCUGUGGCAAAAUCAAGAAAGGAAAGGAAACAGAAACGAGCGGCAAAUUCUAGGAAUGGAAUUCCAGCUCAAACUGCUGCUGAAGCCACCCGUGAAAUGCUAACUAAGAAGAGGUUAAGUUCAAAAAUCAACUAUGAAGUGCUGGAGAAGCUGUUUGAUGAUUCUACUGCUCCUGAGAACUCCAAGAAAAAACGUGUUGAAUCAGAUCCUGACAAUGAUGCGUAUGGGCCGCAAAUCAGUGAAGAAUCAGGUGAGAAAGAAGUUGUAUCAGAUGUGGUGGACAACAAUGAUGAUUUCAGGGAGGAUGACUAUGAAGAAGGGGAUGGUGAAUUAGCUUAUGGUGAUGGAUCAUAUUAUGGAAAUGAAGAGGACGGAUAUGAUGGUUAUCAUGAUGAUGAUUAUUGAUGUGGAAUUCAACUCCUCGUAUGUUUAUAUCUUAAUUCAUUUGGAGGUGGAGCCGGAGGUGUUUGAAGAUUACUUCUUCUAGUAAAACAGUUCAUUUCAAUUUGCACCCUGGUUUCA